CGUAUUCCCGUACGGAAAAUGGCUGCCAGCUGUCACUCGGCAUCGAAGUGCGGCUUGUUGUGAAGGGACACGACACGAAUUCGGCGCAGGGCGGUUCUCCGGGCGCGCGAGCACGCCGCAGGAGCGCGAUGAAAUUACAUAACAACGUGCGGCUCGCUGGCUGAGUUCGACGGGAUCGCCGAGAGCGCGUGAGAGAAAGAGAGGGAGACAGAGAGUGGCGCGGGAGAGUACGAGUGCGCGGUGCGCGGCGACGGGGCCCCCACGGUGUUGCUUCCACAGUGCCAUGAGAGUCUGGCCCGCUUGGCUGUUUACAGUUUUUAUUUUUCGCCAAGCGCGCGACGACUAGUGCGUGUCUACGCCCGGCGCUGCGGCCGGAGAGAGAGACGAUUUCUCUCCACGACCACGACCCGCUUGCCCGUGAACGGUCGGUCGAAUCGAGCUCGCGACGGUGUACCGAUAUUCCAAUAUUCCUGCUCCGCUCGUGCUGCCGUAAUACGAGACUCCCCCGGGAGAUUUCUCCCGACCGACGCUUGCAACCCCGAGGACGCGCAUAGUCAAGAGAAGCAGCAUGGGUUCCAGUCAACAAUUCUCUCUUAGGUGGAAUAAUUAUUUGAAACAUAUUACUUGUGCUUUUGACACAUUAAGGACAGAUGAGGAUCUCGUAGAUGUCACUUUAAGCUGCGAAGGCAAGAGGAUCAGAGCACAUAAGAUGCUCUUGUCAGCAUGUAGUACAUACUUUAGAGAUUUAUUUAAGGAAAAUCCGUGCCAGCAUCCUGUCAUAAUAUUUCGUAAUGUUAAAUUCGACGACCUGGCUGCCUUGGUAGACUUUAUGUAUCAAGGCGAAGUAAAUGUUGUUCAAGAACAGUUAGCCAGUUUUCUCACAACAGCAGAGCUGUUAGCAGUACAGGGUUUGACAGAUGGUACGGGAAAGGACAACGACAGUUUAGAGGAUGACAUAGAAAUCCCAAACGAACCUGAGGUACAGCUGCAAAACACUUCUGGAAAAUCAUCAGGUGAAAAGAGAAACAAAUCGCCCUCUUCCCCGAUCCCGUUUCACUCCGUCGAAUUACAGCCCGAGGUGCAUCCGAACAAGAGAAGAAAAACGCGCGACAGCACGAAUGCGAACGCGGAGAAGAAUUCGGCGGGCAACAGCGCAUCGGGGAAAGAUACCGAUGGCAAGACGUCAGAUAGUCAAAACAGAUCAGGUUCUGACCCAGUCGAAAUAAUCCCCCUCAUGCCGAGUCUGAAGCUGGAGAUGCCCGAAUACCUGGAACAGGACGGCAGUAGCUGUAGUUACGAGGAUCAGAGUUUGGGGGACAACCCACUUAACAAAAACACCUUAGACGAUACGUCGUCAACGCCAGAUCACGACCAGAAACUAGACAUCAGUCAGACAUUUUACUCGAGUCAAUCAACGUCGGACGGUUUGGAUGGCAAACACCAGUCAGAUGUCGGACACCUGCUUUCCAAACCGAGCACUUCGGGAGAGAGGUUAGCGCCGGAAAUAGUACAGGGGGGGGUGGGACGCAAUCGGAAGCACGGAAGCGAUACAACCGGUCAGGCGUUGAUGCAGGGCCCGGGGCGUUUUCCGUGCCGAAUCUGCGGAAACGUUUACAGGCACCUCGCUUCGCUGACCCAGCACCUCGAAGUGCAUCGCAACCAGACGACCUGCAUCCUCUGCCACACCACUCUCAGUCGUAGAACCGAUCUGCGCCGUCACAUGCGCCUGAAACACCAAAUGCAUUGGCCGAAAACGAUGCACUCGAGGCAGCGCAGCCCGAAAAGCGAAUUGGACUCGUAGAGAGCGUCCACCGUAACCGCGAUACACGAUGUAUAAUGACGAUCGCAACGCUAUCAUUGAACGCCCGAAACGUCGAACGACGUCGCUUUAGCUGUACCUUGCCGCGGAGGCGUACUUCGCGGUGCGUUUAUUGUGCGAGAGGUUGUUGUUUUAGAAGAUCGAUCGCGACAAUGGCGACUCGUCACCUUACAGAUUUCUUUUCCACAUCAUGAGCUCGAAUAAUUUUGUCGUGAACGAUUGAAUUUUGCCCCGUUGACGGGGGAAAUGAUCUACGUUCCGGUGAUUUGACGUAUCGCUUAUCCUUUCUGUGGACUUGUAUUCUUUAGUUUCAGAUUGAAGGCAAACAGAAAAAAUAAUUUUCUUUUUCGGGAGAGGCGAAUAGUGUUCGAGUUCUGAAUACGGCGUUAAGGUGACGGUCGCCCGCGAUCGGCGUUCUUGAAAAGAUCCGAAAAAAAUGACGUAAAAGGAUAUAAAUCUCAAGGAUAAAAAAUCUCUCGCAGAGGAAGGAUUCCUCUAUGCGCCUCUUUGCUUGCUUGCUGAUUUCUUCUUCGCGACACGUGCGAGGAAACACGUUCAUCUUCAGAGGAUGCGCCCUCCUCGAAAAGUUGAUCUUCAAUUCGGAGGAAUCAUCACGCGAGUCAGCAUUGUUUGCUGAGAACAAACGUGUUUAUCGCUCGAGAUGGUAGAAGAGUAAGUUCGUAGUCAACGCAAUGUCGCAAUGUCAAACGUAAUGAUGUUGCUGAUAUCUUGCACCUCAUUCUCUUUCUCCCAAACGAAUAAAGUUCGAAGCGUUUGUUCUUUCUUCCUUCCAUUUUUUUUUUUUUUUUUUUAUAAUUUUACAUAUCGUUUAUCCAAGAGGACGUCGGUUGUUACGCGGACGGACUAAUUUAACGGGAAAAGUGUGACGAUGUGGUCGCCUUUUUGAGUACUUGGGUGUAUUUUGAUUUCAGUCAAAUGAGUCUAAGUCCGGCUAAGGUACGCAAAAUGAAUUUCUCUACUCUGCGGUAUUUUAAAGCAUUAUUAUUAUAAAUAUUUAUAUAUUAUAACCGUGCGGAAGAAUAAUUAUGUAUCUUCGUUGGUAACGCAUUUAGACACUUCGCGAUCCACAGAAUCGUCGGCGGUUCGCAAGCUCGUUACAGCUAACAAGUAUAAUGGCGGUGGGUGAAGGAGAUCAGAUGCAGGAAAUCGAAUGAAAAGAGAAAAGAAAAAUUUGAAAAAUUCCGAAUUCGUAUCGUACACAGAAAUUACGCGAGAUAGAAGAGAAAUUGGAGCUAGAGCGAGGGUGGAAAGAAACGGCUAAUUUUUGCGAAGCAAAGGUAAAGUCAACGAGGAUGGCUCUGUUUGUAACGACUCCAAGUGAAUCCAAAUAAUUCAAUUCAGAUGCAAUUUCUUAUUUGGCCUCGUUGAAGAUCAACUGAUCUUUUUCACCCGCCGUGCUUCCUGUGCAGGCUGUACCCGACUCGAAGCUUCGUCGCUCUUGCGGUGAGCUGGAGAUCUUGCUGUGCGUAUUUCGGGUACAACCUGUAUUAUGACUCGCUGGAAAGUAGUGGAUAGUCGCGCUUCUCGAUUGAUUGAUUCGGCGAUCGAGGCGCAGACGCGCGCCUCGCCAAGUUUUCUUUCAAUUCGCUAUGCAAAAGCAACCUGAAAAAUUCUACCAGCGCCGGAGUCAUUUAGAGACGCGUUCCCGCGGAAAUUGAUGUGUCUAGCUUCGCUGUAAACGUGUAUUUAUCUUCGCUAAGUGUGUUUCCACGCAAUUGGCGAUUGUGUUAAACAUUAGCGGACCGCGUGUUCGCGCGCCUUAGGCGCGCCGAAGAGGCGAAUUCAGUGAGAUAUACGUUAAGGAUCCGCGUUACGUAUACGUCACAGUGAGAUAGAGAGAGACGGGCACAGGAGGGGCGACUCUCGCCGAUCCCGGGGUCUUGCCUGCACCGUCUGCGGGAUCUUCCUGGGAGCGGCGAACACACAAACGCGAGGACCCGGACCCUAGCCGAAGGUCUUAUACGCGAGAGAAAAUACGUGCAGGAUAUUAACUGCGAACAAAGUACGGGAAAAGCAACAGACAAGAUCUUCGCGUACAAAAAGACCUGACAAACUUUUUGACGAUUUUUACCGUGGAGGAACUUUUCGCAGGCGAGAGAGAGAGAGAGAGAGAAAGAGAGAGAGAGAGAGAGAGAACUCAUGCUUGAAGGAAGUCCUCGCGUAUAAAAGGUCCUCGCGUUUGCCAGGAUUUCUCGGUAAGAGUGGGUAAGAGGGCUCGUAUUUUUACGUGGAGCCCGGUCAGUCGCCUCUCGGGACAAAUAAAUCGGCGGUCUUGAAGAAUUCUAGUCAUUACAGUACGGGACAUUAGAUUAUCUAUCGAGAUCUCUAUCGCUCGUUCACACAGGACUAACGGGUCGAAGUUAUUUUUUUAUGCUCCUCGACGCAACCCCGGGGGCUCCGCAACGUAAUCCUCUCUCCGCAGCCACCCCCUGCCCCUGACACUGUUACACGGACACUGUUUACACGUUUCGCCACGUGCCGAGGUUUCUUUGCGAACGACUUUUGGGCCCGGUGUGCACCUCGAAAGCUCGGCCCCGUUCGUUCGACGAGGUGUUACUUGACGAUUUUUCUCUCACUUCAUCCCAGUAAAUAUACUGAAAAAUACUACAAAUAAAUGUUACUUGUUUCAAGUAUUUUAUAAACUUAUAUACGUCCACAAAUUUAUCACAAGUUCAUCAUAAGCGUCAGACUUAUUCAAAAUACAUAGCGAAACCUCUAGUAAAUUUUACAUUUCAAUCAAAAAUAUUAAGCUAAAGCAAAAACUCGACUUGCUUACUGCAUAGAGCAAACUUUUUCGUCGACAAAGUUCCUAUAAUAUUCUUGCAAAGAGAAUAAAUUCUUCUUUCGAAUACAUGAUAACAAACGUUUGUGUAAAAUUUAUGAUGAGUAUAUUUGAAGACUAUUAUCAAGAAAAUAUUCUUCGUUAAAGAUAACUAUUACUUGAAAAAAGAAAAAUAAGAUAAACUAAGUAAUCACUUUUUUUUAGCAGUGGAGUGAUAUUUUUUGUACGUAUUUGAAGUAAAUCUUUGGAGAAUCUCUUUGUCACGAUCUAUCAUAAAUAAUCUCCCGAGGAACGAACUCUCUCGAGUGAAAAGUGAAAUGGAACGAAAAAUCGGAAAAUACGUAACUUCUCAUAGCGAAUAUAGAAUACAUUAUCCGUCUUGCACGUAUAUGUUGAAGCUUGAUAUUUUCUUAGGAACUUCCCUCUGUAAUAACCGCGAGGUAACUGUCUCCUAGAUAACGAGGCUUUCAGGUGUAUAUCGGGCCUUAGCUUCAGGCUGUCAAGACAGCGCAUAGACAGUGCCUUACACACGAAUACCUGGUUUUACAUUUUACGCAUAUUAACUUCUCCAGAUGUUUACCAUAGACAAGAGUAUAUUUAACGAUGCGGUGCAUCAGUAUAGUAGCUGUUACUUUUGUUACCGGCUUCGUGUAAACAUUGUCUCUGUACAAGAGCGCGAAAGCAGCGUUUCCCAAUGGCGAGAAGUCGCGCAGACACAUUUUCCUUGCAUCAAAGAGAAAAAGAAAUUUGAGUUUAUAACGAAGAUAGCAAUGGAAAAUCAAUGUGAAUUAAGUAAUUAAUUUUUUGUUUAUUAUAAUGAUCGCAUAUUUCGUUUAUAUUUUGCUUAAAAUGAUCGAAAAUUGAGUUUUGGGAAGUUACACAUUUUUUUUUUUAUAUAUACGAAAAUAUUCUUACGGUCUCGAAGAUCGUAAUGGACAUUCAGAGAUGUCCUUAUUUAGUUAUUGUUUUUAUACGAUGUAUACACACAUACAGGGUGUCCAAAGACCAUAGUACAAUACUUUAAUAACGCAUUAGUAGCGUAUGGAGCUUAAUCGGAGUCGAAAAUCUGCGGAAAUGCUGCAUAUGAGUGAGACAUUCUGUGCAUACACACGCGUAUUGCACAAUAAUUCCUCACGUUCAACGUGAUUGUCGUUCAGAGAAGGUUCAGAGGUUCAGAGAAACGCUGGUUUCGAGCAUUCGCG